ACACGUUGCAAAUGCAUUGCGUCACUCCUCAAGUUUCCUUGUUCAAAUUGUUCUAUUCAUUCAUCAUCUUCAACUUCACAACCUCUUUCGUUAAUCAAUCAAUUAAAUAAUUAAUCCUAACUCGAAACUCAAAAAGUGUUCUCAUUUGUUUCGAUAACACUCUUUCUUUCUCUUUCAUCGCGAUCUCUCUCUCUCUCUCUCAUCGAAAACCCCACUCUCUCUGAAGCUGCUCGCUCGUGUGGAGGAUCGAGCAGUUUCAAUCUCGAUGAAUUUCGCCUCUUGAUUGAUUCUCAUAGAACCAUGUGGUUUUCCUUCUGGAGAUCCAAAGAUCGUUUUUCAUUGGAUCAACUCAGGUACUUAGCUGAUCAGUUGACAAAAGUUCAAAUAGUUAAUGAGGUUAACAAGGAUUUUGUUAUUGAGGCACUGAGAUCAAUCGCGGAGUUGGUAACAUAUGGCGACCAACAUGACCCAACCUUUUUUGAAUUUUUCAUGGAAAAGCAAGUUGUGGGGGAUUUUGUACGUAUUCUAAAACUUAGCAGGACUAUUAGCAUUCCACUUCAGUUGCUACAAACUGUUAGCAUUAUGAUCCAAAACCUACAAAGCGAACAUGCUAUAUACUAUAUGUUCAGUAAUGAACAUAUGAACUACCUAAUUACGUAUUCAUUUGAUUUCCGCAAUGAAGAGCUGUUGUCAUACUACAUAUCUUUUUUAAGAGCAAUAGGUGGGAAAUUAAACAAGAAUACUAUUUCUCUGCUUGUGAAGACUCGCAAUGACGAAGUAGUUUCAUUUCCAUUAUAUGUCGAGGCGAUACGCUUUGCCUUUCAUGAGGAGAGCAUGAUCCGCGCUGCUGUACGUGCUGUGACCCUUAAUGUUUAUCAUGUUGGAGAUGACUCUGUUAAUAGAUAUAUAACCAGCGAACCUCACACAGAUUACUUUUCAAAUCUGGUUUCCUUUUUUAGGAAGCAGUGUAUGGAUUUAAACAGACUGAUCUCUGAGACGCUGAAAAAUCCAGGCCCAGAUUCAAACUCUACCGUUACUACUGCUGUAGAUGAAAUUGAGGAUAAUCUAUAUUACUUUAGUGAUAUAAUCUCUGCUGGAAUUCCUGACGUUGAAAGGUUAAUAACAGACAGCAUUCUGAUGCUUCUGAUUUUUCCAGUCCUUCUUCCUUCCCUGAGGACAGUGGCUGAUAACCAUGUUGAUCAGGAUAUGCAAAGUGGUGUUGUGACUUCUCUUUACUUACUUUGUUGCAUCUUGAGGAUAGUCAAGAUCAAAGAUUUGGCAAAUACAAUAGUUGCUGCACUUUAUUACCCCUUAGAGUCCUUUACAAAAUGUUCUGGGGGUCAAGUCAAUGGCUAUAUACCUGAUCAUGGUUUUACAUCUAAAAGCGAUGGGAUAGAUAAUGAUAACCUUGCUGAGAAUAGUGCAAAAUGCUUGGUGGUCAAUGUGCCAUGCUCAUCUAGUUCUUCAGACUGUCAUCCACAAAGUAUCACCAUCCUAAAUAAUGGUAGCAGUUCAAAUGUGGCUUUGAGGGAAGUUUUGCUCGAAUAUGUAACUGGUGGGGCUGAUGUACAAGUUUUGGGUUCCUUGAGUGUGCUUGCCACUCUGCUGCAAACUAAAGAACUUGAUGAGUCAAUGCUGGAUGGGCUUGGAAUUCUUCCACAACGCAAACAGCAAAAAAAGCUCUUACUGCAAGCUUUGGUUGGCGAGGCUUCAGGGGAAGAACAACUUUUUUCUUCUGAAAGUAGCUUAACAAGAGAUGGUAUUGCAUGUGGGCUUGAUGUUUAUCUUAAUAAGAUUAAGGAGCAAUAUGGUGUAUCUUUUCAGCCUUCAAACGUGGUAUCAAGCCCUCGUGUACCUAGAUUUCAGGUGCUCGAUGCAUUAGUGAGCCUCUUUUGCCGUUCUAAUAUAUCUGCAGAGACACUAUGGGAUGGUGGUUGGCUUUUACGCCAGUUGCUUCCUUACAGUGAGUCAGAAUUCAACAACCACCACCUGGAAUUGUUGAAAAUUUCAUACGAGAAUUCGGCUUCUGCUCUUGAAAAGGAAGUUAGAGGUUUUUGGCCCGACCUUCUUAUUACUGUUCUUUGUGAUGAGUGGAGAAAGUGCAAAAGAGCAAUGGAGUCCUCAUCCCCUCCAAAAGAACCAAAGUGCAUGCUUUUUCCACCUCGGAUGUUCUUUUCAGAAGAAGAUAUACCUGAGGGAUCAUCAUUUACUGCUGGAGAAAGAAUGCACGAGUUGGUGAAGGUAUUUGUACUUCUGCACCAACUUCAAAUAUUCACUCACGGUAGAGCUUUGCCUGAUCAACCUCUUAUUUAUCAUCCUUGCGAUCAUCGUACGAAUUCUCGAGCCCAUACUUCUGGACUUGCGGCAGUCCCAAAGCCUGGCACUGAAAUGAACCUUGUUAAUGCUGUGCCUUGUAGAAUUGCUUUCGAGAGGGGCAAAGAGCGCCAUUUUUGCUUUCUAGCAAUCUCUGUAGGAACUUCUGGUUGGCUCGUGCUUGCAGAAGAAUUGCCUUUGAAGAAGCCGUAUGGAGUUGUUCGGGUUGCUGCACCUUUGGCUGGGUGCAAUCCUAGGGUUGACGAUAAGCAUUCAAAAUGGUUACACCUGCGGAUCCGACCUUCGGCUCUACCUUUUCUGGAUCCUGUCAAGUACAAUCGACAUGGGAAGUUAAAGACAAAAGCUUUUGUUGAUGGAAGAUGGAUAUUGGCGUUCAGGGACGAGGAGUCUUGCAAAAAUGCUUUUCUCAUGAUCCGUGAAGAGAUUAAUCAUCUAUGCGAUGAGGUUGAUAGAAGAAUAAAACCUUUGCUCAAGCUUGAAACCGUGCUAGACAUAUCAAGCUCGUCUGCUCCUGUUUCAGAGGAUUCCUCUUCACAUACAACACCUCCCGAUUCAUUGUAAGUCUUUGACUUAACUUAUAAUAAUAGGCUGUUUACUUCAGGGGUGGGAAAUUAUUAAGUCUGUCACCCUUUUGUAUAUGCUCCCAAAAUACAUACCAGAUUUGUAGAUUAGAGAUUGUGGCUUAGUGUCAUUCUUUUUGUAUACUAGUCUUUUCUUUCCUGAUUUGUAAAUUUGCCCUUUCUCUCAUUUUUUAGGAGCUCUAACGUAGGCCCUAUAUUUUUCUCUUAUGUUUUAACAUUAUUUGUAAGAUCUGUAACAAAUGUAAAUUUGAGGGAACUCCAUAAAGAGUUUUUUUCCUCUUUGUUCAGACAAGUGUCAUUUUUGUUGUAUGUGUGUUAUUUAUGGAUUAUACAAUAAUGAAAGCUUCUUUCACUUCUA